UUGCUCGCUCCCCAUGGAGACCCCGCCCCCCUACCCCGUCUCGCCGCCGCCCGCCGCCGAGGCCCCGCCCUCGCCGGGCGGCGGCGGCGGCGACGACGGUGGGGCGGAUGACGCGGGGGGUUUCAGCGCCGGGCUGGAGCCGCUCUGGACGGCCCUCUUCGGCUCCCCGGAGGAGCUGGAGCCCAUGUGGUCUCCCCCCCGCGGGUUCGGCGUCGGCGCCGACUUCGCCGACGCGGAGGUGGAGCCCGACAUGGACGUCGCCGGCGGGCCCUGGGACGGCGCCCCCUGGCGGUCCACGGGGGUCGUCGACGGGGAGGCCGCCGCCGCGGCGCUAUUCCCCCCCACGGCUGCGGCCGGGUUCGCGGAGUUCGGGCCUGGGCCGAUCGAUUCGUCGGCGGGGCCGGAUCCCGAGGUGAGCGCGAUCGACUCCGGCGCUUGUUGCUCCCCUGAGCCGCCGCCCCUGCCGUCGUCUCCACCUCCGGUGCUGGCUUUUGAGCCCGUCGACGACUCCGCACCGGGGCUGGAACUGGAGUCUCCACUGCCACCGCCUGUGGGUUCCUCGGACUUCAAUUUAGAUGGGGGGAUGUUGGAAUGCACACUCAACUCCGUGCCAUCGCCGCCUCUUCCUGCCCCAGAUGAUUUCGGUUUGGAGGCUGCGGGUCCUAUCAAGGAUUUGGAGGUUGCCUGGGGAACCAUGGUUGUUGCUGAUUUGGGUGAGAAUGCCGCUGGUAACUGUGUGAACGAUGCUAUCGGUACAGAUGGGACAGCUCUACGGAGAUCAGGGAGGAUAGCAAAAAUCAAGUCGUCGCCGAGUUCCACACCAUUGUCUCAGAAUGGAGGCUCAUCUAGAGCUUCCAAGCGCCGCUUUGCGGAUUCAAGGAAGAGUAGGAGCAGUGCUGGGAGAAAACACCCUGUGUUCACAGGGCCAGUUCCAGUAAAUGCAGUCGAUUUGAUUAACGGGGUGGAGCUUCAAGAACCACGGGAAAUUGUUAAUGUGCAAAUUGAAAGUUCCUUCUAUGGGAAUAAUCACAAAGAAGGUGGUCUCCAUAAUCAGGUUGUGCUGGCGUUACCAGCAGUGAAUGAUAGUUUGUCCAAAGGCAAAGGAGCCUCUGUUGUUCCUCCCAGGAAGACUAGGUUAGCCUCAAAGGUUUUGGUGAAUUCAGACAGGGUAUCAGCUAUACCACCAAUUGUAAAUGGUGGACCUCCUGUGCCGCAGAAAUCAGAUGCUUAUGUGCCUCCCAGAAAGCAUAAGCUUGCUGUUGAGGAUUGCUCGCCAAAUCUAGAUGAAGUGGAUGGUGGUAUUGCAUCAUGCAACUCAAGAUUGAUAAGUGCAGAACCACGAGUGGUCAGCGAGAUGCCUCCAGGGAGAGGAAGAAGAUUAUCUCAACCUCCAAAAAAGAAGGCCAGGAUUUUGUCCGUUAAAUACUUGGAAAAGUUAAAGAGGGCAGAGAAAAAUAAUGGCUCAAUGUUCAAAUCACCAAGAGUUACAGUGAUGCCAGAACUGAGUACCAAGCACGAACUUAUUUUGGACAAGCGCUUGGCUGAUUCAGGGACCAUGGAAAUGGAUGAUGGUUCCUGUUUCUUUGUGGGGGAGGCAGUUCCUGAUUAUGAGGCAAGGCAGAAAUGGCCCCACCGUUAUGAAAUAAAUGAUCAAAUUAUGAAAAAGUUUUCUGAUUUGAAGGAUAAGAGGACCAGCAGCCAAACAUUUGUCAAUGCUGGCAAAGCUGUCUUGGAUGUUAAGUGUCAUUAUUUGCAAGCCAAAGUUUCCACAUGCACGUUUUGCAUUGGAGAUUGUGCAUUUAUAAAGGGUCCAGAGGGAAAACCAAAUUAUAUUGGAAGGUUGCUAGAGUUCUUUGAAACAAAAGCUGGUGAAUAUUACGUCAGAGUGCAAUGGUUUUUUAGAGCCGAAGACACGGUCAUGAAAGAGCAAGCACAAUCUCAUGCCCCAAGGAGGCUCUUUUACUCAGACCUGACAGAUGACAAUUUACUGGACUGUGUUGUUUCGAAAGUGACAAUUGUGCAAGUUCCUCCUACUAUAAAUGGAAAAUCCAAGUCAGUUCCUUCAUUCCACUAUUACUAUGACAUGAAAUACUCUAUCGACUAUAGUACAUUUUCCACCAUACAAAUGGGAGACACAAAUGAUGUGGCGCAGUCAGGUUACACUAGUAGAACCACUGACAAAAUGAAGAUAGAUGUCAUUAAGAAGCACAAGUUUCCUGAGCUGGAGAAGAUGGAGCUCUCUUUGCUAGACCUGUAUUGUGGUUGUGGAGGAAUGUCAACUGGGCUUUGCCUUGGUGCUCGUGGUGGUGGUGUGAAUCUUUCGGCGAGAUGGGCCAUCGAUGAUGAUGAAAUUGCAUGUGAAAGCUUCAGGCAUAAUCAUCCAGAAACACGGGUCCGGAAUGAAACCGUGGAUGAUUUCCUUGAACUGUUGAAAGAAUGGGAGAAAUUAUGCAAAACAUAUGUGAAGCAUAGUAAUGCUAAGGCACGUGUUGACAGUACAAUAGAAACCAAUGAUGAAACUCCAGAUUGUUCUACCGUGCCUCCUGACGAGUUUGAAGUAUGGAAGAUAGUUGACAUUUGCUUCGGUGAUCCAAAUAAAGUCAGAAAACAUGGUUUAUAUUUUAAGGUCCGUUGGAAGGGUUAUGGCCCUCAUGAUGACACAUGGGAGCCAGUUGAAGGAUUAAGGAACUGUAAAGAGGCAAUUAGGGAUUUUGUUAUUGAAGGCAACAAGCAAAAGAUACUACCACUCCGUGGUGACGUAGAUGUUGUAUGCGGGGGUCCACCAUGCCAAGGAAUUAGUGGUUACAACCGCAAAAGAGAAUUCGAGGCACCAUUUAAAUGUGAGAAAAACAAGCAGAUUAUUAUUUUCAUGGAUGUUGUGCAAUUUUUGAAGCCCAAAUAUGUUUACAUGGAAAACGUCCUUGAUAUAUUGAAAUUUGCUGAUGCAACACUUGCAAGAUAUGCUUUAAGUCGACUAGUUGCAAUGAGUUACCAAGCAAGGCUAGGGAUCAUGGCUGCUGCAUGUUAUGGCCUUCCACAAUUUCGGAUGCGUGUAUUUUUAUUAGGCUGUCAUCCAAAGGAGAAAUUACCCCCAUUUCCACUGCCUACACAUGAGGCAAUUGUGAAGAAUGGCUGCCCGUUGGCUUUUGAGCAAAAUUUGGUUGGUUGGCCUGGCAACACACCAAUGCAACUAGAGAAACCAAUUGUUCUCGAAGACAUUUUAUCUGAUCUCCCAGAAGUGGCAAAUGAGGAAAGUCGUGAUGAAAUGCUGUAUAUAAAGGGUCCUCAAACUGAAUUCCAAAGAUACAUUCGGUCAUUUAAUGUUGAAGUGCCUGGUCCCAAAGCUCAUGUUACAAAAGAUUUUUUGUCCUCAAAAUUGUAUGACCAUCGACCACUGGUACUGGAUAAUGAUAACUACCAAAGGGUAUUGCAAAUUCCCAAGAAAAAGGGAGCUAAUUUUAGAGACCUUCCAGGGGUCGUAGUUGGUCCUGAUAAUGUGGCUAGAUUAGAUCCAACAAAAGAGAGAAUAUUUUUGCCAUCUGGUCGUCCUCUAGUGCUUGAUUGUAUACUAGGUUAUGAGAAUGGUAAAUCUUUAAGACCAUUUGGUCGAGUAUGGUGGGAUGAGGUGGUGGGAACCGUGCUGACAGUUCCAAAUGCUCGUAUGCAGGCCUUGAUACAUCCUGCACAAGACAGACUUCUUACUAUCCGUGAAAGUGCUCGGUUGCAAGGGUUUCCUGACAAGUACAGGUUUUGUGGAACAGUCAAAGACAGAUAUCGUCAAAUUGGAAACGCUGUGGCCAUACCUGUUGGACGUGCACUUGGAUACACCCUGGCCAUGGCCUACCUGAAGAAGACUGGAGAUGAUCCCCUUAUGGUGCUGCCGCCCAACUUUGCCUUCUCCCAUGACAUUACAGGGUUUCCUUAGUCACCUCACUGUUAAGGCAAAAAUUCGAGCGCCUGUCCUCGUUAGUUUGAUUGAAAUUCGUCAUCUCCAUUCAUUCUCUGCUAGAAAAUAUGAUCCUUUUAUUGUUGCUACCCAUUCUCGUGAAUAGUGAAUAGCCUUAGGACAUGCCCUUUGAUCUGUUGGGAUCAGAUCAAGGAAUCCGAAUCUGGUAAUCAGCUGUUUGUUGUAGCACAAUCAUUUCUUGAUUCACAUUAGUUGUAACAUCCAGGCAUCAACCACACUAGUUAAUUAGAAGGCUUCCAUAGUACAAGUGUAGUGACUCAUAAUGGGAGCCGAUGUUGUAGUGUAAAAGAAUGUAUGUAAGAUGAUUAGUGGAAUAGAAAUGUAUGGACAUCAUCUUACCUGUUGUAUUAACCAGCGAGGAAUACAGAUGUAACGACUUCAAUAAAUCUACAUAGAGUUUGUCGAGAUCCAGUGUAACUAAUUUGUCAUAUAUAAAUCUAUUGCGAGUGAUAGGUUA